CAAAUUGCCCUACACUCUUCUUCUAACUCGAUAAGGUUCAACUUCAACAUACACUUCUUCAAUCUUUUUGUUCAAACAAAGAAAAUACUAGAACCUUUCCAAUUGCCCUAAAACCUUGAAGAACAAUUCAAAUUCUUUGACUUUCAACCAAAAAACCAGCGCUCAAAAUCAUCAUCAACAACAACAAAAUGCUAAAAACCAUAACUUCAUCAUCUCCAUCACUCCCACUUCUAUUCAAAUUCAACAAAUCAUCAUCUUUCUCUCGUUGUCUCUCUCUUCCUUUUGCAAAACCAACAUCAAAUUCACCACGCACUCUUUCUCUCUUCAACUUCAAAAAUCCAAUGAACAAUCUUCUUGGAAAACUGGGUUUUGGUUCAAGAACUCCAGAACCUUCUUCAAUGGAGUCUUCAAUUGCUCAAGGCCCAGAUGAUGAUUUGCCUGCCCCAGGUCAGCAAUUUGCUCAAUUUGGGGCAGGAUGUUUUUGGGGGGUAGAAUUGGCAUUUCAAAGAGUUCCAGGUGUCACUAAAACUGAAGUGGGUUAUUCACAAGGGUUUACCCAUAAACCCACUUAUGAAGAUAUUUGUACUGGGAUGACUAAUCAUUCUGAAGUUGUUAGAGUUCACUAUGAUCCUAAAGAAUGUUCUUUUGAAUCUCUUCUUGAUGUUUUUUGGGAUAGACAUGAUCCUACUACCCUUAAUCGUCAAGGGAAUGAUGUAGGGACGCAGUACAGAUCAGGAAUAUACUUCUAUACACCUGAGCAGGAGCAAACUGCAAUUGAAGUACGGGAACGUCAGCAGAAGCUUCUGAAUAGGAAGAUCGUGACUGAGAUCCUGCCUGCAAAGAAAUUCUACAGAGCUGAAGAGUACCACCAGCAAUAUCUUGCUAAGGGAGGACGAUUUGGUUUUAGGCAAUCCGUUGAGAAAGGCUGCAAUGACCCAAUCCGAUGCUAUGGCUGAUCACUCUUCACUGUCAAGCAUUGGUUUCCCAUGCUUGCCUUCGAACCUUAUUCUUUGUUAGAUUAUGCUUACUUUAUUGUGUAUAUAGGAUCUAGCGUGUAUCUUUUGCUGUUUCAAGAUUGAUGUUAUAUAUACUUGUCAUUCAGCCUUCUUGCAACUAAUCAUAUGACUCAGAUGGACUAGUAUUGUGUUCAUGAACAGAUAUCAUGACUAGCUUGUAAAUGAAGUGUCAUUAGCAUAUAUAUAUAUAUAUUCCCCGAGUUCGGUUA